AUGGAUGUUCCAGAUCUGUCAUCAUCAUAUUGUGUUGAUGGACCAGUUCUGGUAGAUUCUCCAGCCACUGCUAGGAGAACUGCCAGAUUUAGGAAAGUGGAGCGUGGACCCAUUCUCACAGCAGAGGAAUUGCGGUUGGCAGAAAUGGAGACUGGAUUUGUGAGCGAUGUUUUGAAGACUGGGACUGAAGGGUUAACAGAAAGCAGUGAUUCAGGUGGAUUUGUACCAGAGUCUGGAACAGGUGUUAUAGAUCAGUUUGAUUCAGUGGCUGGUAAAGAAGAGUCUGGAAUGGGCGUUACAGAUCAGUUUGAUUCAGUGGCUGGUAAAGAAGAGUCUGGAAUGGGCGUUACAGAUCAGUUUGAUUCAGUGGCUGGUAAAGAAGAGUCUGGAAUGGGCGUUACAGAUCAGUUUGAUUCAGUGACUGGUAAAAAAGGGUCUCGAGCUGGGAUUGUAGGCCAGUUUGGUUCACAGUCUGGUAAAAAAGAUUCUGAAAUUGGAGUGUUGGAUGACUUAACUGGUUCAAAAGCUAGUGACAAGAGGUAUGGAAGUGGGGACCUUGUGGAAUCUUUACUGCACUCUGGUGAUCAGAGGUCUGAAGCUGAUGUUUUAGGUCAAGUUAUUCACUCUGGUGUUGAAGAAGAAUUUGGACUUUGUGAUGUAGAUAAAACUUCAUUAAAAGGAAGUGAAAUAGAAUAUAAAACUGGAGAAAUAGAAUCAAAAACUGGUAAAAGAGAAUCAAAAACUGGUGAAAUAGAAUCAAAAACUGGUGAAAGAGAAUCAAAAACUGGUAAAAGAGAAUCAAAAACUGGUGAAAGAGAAUCAAAAACUGGUGAAAUAGAAUCAAAAAGUGAUGUUUCAGGUCAUCUAGGUGACUGGAUUCAGUGUGAUAAUGAACCAGGAUCUCAAACUGGUGACUUAGAUGAUCUGGCAUCAAAAAUUGGAAGAAUAAAAUCAAAAAGUGGUGAAGAUUUAGGUGACAUUGUCUUGAAUAUCAGUAAAAGAAACUGUCAGUCUUGUGAUUUGGUUAACAUUGUCACCAAAACUGGUAAAAUAAGGUCUGAAAACCAUCAUCCUCGUCGUUCUGGAUCUGAUGAAUCAGCAUCCACUUCUGAGGAUAGGUCAGAACCAAUAAGUUCAUCUGGUACUUGUUCCGAGACCGAUAGUAAUAUGUCAUCUGUUAUUGUGGUUACUCAUGAUGCAAUUACUAAUUCUCCCAUUGAAUCAUAUGGGCAAAGAGCAAACACUGAUGCUGAGCAGACACACAGAGAGAGUCGUAGGCAGCCAGACAUUAGCACAAGAACUGAACCUAUCACACAAGACUCAACAAAGCAAAGCUCUGACGUUCUCGAUUCUGAUAGAACUUCGAAGGUGCUGAAUGCUGGCCAGAGAAACUUAGAAACCAGUGUUCAAUCACAAACUGAAAGACUGAUUGAAUCUAGUAUACAAGGCUCAACAAAACAAGGAUCUGUAUUUACUAGAUAUGAUGUUAAAUCACCACAUGGGCAAAUAUCAGAAACACAGCAAGUAGAUAUAGAAACCUAUGUGAAAAGACUGGUUGACCAUCAAAGCUCAACAAAACAAAGAUCUGCAGUUAUUUCAGAUGCUACAUCACCGAAUAGAGAAAGAAGAACAGAAACCGACAACAGAAAAAAUAGUUUAGAAUCCAGUGCACAAAAACAGAAUGAGUCUAACUUGCAAAGCUCAACAAAGCAAAGAUCUGCAGCAGUUAGUUCAGAUACUACAUCACCAAAUAGGCAAAGAAGAACAGAAACUGACAACAAAAAUAAUAGUUUAAAAUCCAGUGCACAAAAACAGAAUGAGUCUAACUUGCAAAGCUCAACAAAGCAAAGAUCUGCAGCAAUUAGUUCAGAUACUAGAUCACCGAACAGGCAAAGAAGAACAGAAACCGACAACAGAAAUAAUAGUUUAGAAUCGAGCGCACAAAAACAGAAUGAGUCUAAUUUAAAAAGUUCAGCAAAGCAAAGAACUGUAAAUAUUUUGUACAAUAUUCUGGGCACCGAACCAAAGACUUCCACUCCAGUUGACGUGUAUGUGGCCAAUGUGGAAGAGAGUGUCGUAUUGUCUGGUUCUAAACAGAGGGUAUUUCCUCACACGACCAAACAGAGGCCAGCCAAUAUAUUGCUGUUGCUUUCGCACUGGGAUUCCUUUGAGAAAAAAUGUGUUGACGGUAGGUGGUGUCGUGUUAAACGCAAGCGCAUGAUAUCCCAUGUGGGAUUUAUAUGA